UCCGCCAGAUCGCUCCCAUGGAUCUGCUAUGGUCCCUGUUCGCUAUGCCUUUCAGCGUGGUGCGAGAGAACAACAAGGCGACGAUGCUAGGCCGGAUUUUGUGUUUCAUAUUCCGUCUCGUUCAUUUUUCCCUGAGCACCGCAACGAUGACAUUGGCCUUCGCCCUCUUGGACCUCCCCCUGCCUAUUCUCCGCCCUUUGACUUUCGGGGCUAUGAUGACGAAACAUCUGACGAGAGUUGCAGUGAUUUGGACUUUGGCGAUAGCUGUUUCUUCUCCCCGAUUCAUCUACCAGAACUUGUAUCUGAUCAGCCUCGAGGAGAACCUCUGGAUGCCUCACCUCCCCGACAUCCUAGACAGCGACUGGCUCGUGAUGAAGCUUCUCAAAAUCGUGAUUUCCAGCGUGUACUUCCUGGUGCCUCUGCUGCUGUCCGCCAAGGCAUUCCUGAUUAUGAUCAGGGUGCAGUUGCUUACCAUUGCUGCAGAGAUGCAGUUUCUCGAGCUGGAAGACGUCGUCCCGCCAGUCCCCAACCGCAGGAAGACCCUCAUGCUCCUCCUUGUCCUCGUUGUGGUCUUUGUCAUGUCUUCGUUUCCCCUCAGUUUCUAUGUGGCACUUAUUGCCAGUGCAGACGCCAAGACCAAGAGUGCUGUGUCCUUUGCAUGCCAAUGGUUUGCCCUGAUCAACCAGCACAACGUUCAGUUCGUGCAUUGCGGGGUGGAGAAUUUCGAGAACAACAUCAGGCUUUUAGUGUCCGAGGGCCACGUGUCGCCGAAGCCCUUGUGAAUCUCCCUACUGCAGACUGUUUAACUGGACCCUGGAACUCAUACCUUGCAGUGACACCGGAUCUUCUGAUCAGUGACCAUUUCACAGGACAUGCGGUCAUGUUGGGCUCUGACACUUAUGCCCUUAUCAUCAUUGGAUUGAGGAUUUCUCUUGUUCUUGUACUUUGUGGACUCAUCAGCUCAAUUUUGCAUUUAAUCUAAGACCCCAAGUCUCAAUUAAAUACCACUACCUGCAUGAUCCUCCAACCAUUCCCCAUCCCAGCCUGGAUCUCCAUCUCCCUCGCCCCAACCUCAAGCAUGCAGAUACCACAGAUCCCCAUUAGAUAUCUCUGUCCCCCAAAUAGCAACCGUCCCCCACCCAGUAUGUUGACAACUUUGGCUGUUUCUCUGACCUUGAAAGGUAGAUGAGAGAGAGAGAGAGAGAGAGAGAAAGAAAAAAAAAGAAAGGAAGGAAGGAAGGAGGAGGACUCCAUGGGAGUUCUGGGGCCUUGGGUCAGAUUCUUUCUAGAAAGAGCUAGGGCUCUCCAGCCUGCCUUAGCAAACCAGCCUUGGGUGAGAGUGGCACUGAGGUAAGAAGAAGAUUAAAAGAUAAACAACUGUUUCUGGUCCAAGACAGUUUCCCAUGACAGAUUUUCCCCUUGGCCUUUGAGGGCCACUUUAGAACAAGAAAUGCCCUGCUCUCAUUAAUUCCUUUAGUCCAGUCUGGAGCUCCAUCAAUCAACAGGCCCGUUCACUGGGAUAUUGAUGUGGGAAACAUUAGGAGUGCAACAAUUUCCCUGAGAUUUCAGCCUUCUUUAAUUAGAUCAUUCGUUCACAAUUAAUGGGGACUUUUUAUGCUCAGUAUUUAUUCCCAGAUAGAACAGGUAGGGACCAUGUAGGGACAAAAUGUGAUAUACCCUUUAGAGUCCAUCUUCUCCAGGAAAGGCUUGGGAAGAAGUUGGUACUAGAGAGAAAGACCUCUACCUUCUGCACCUAACUGAACCGUUCCCAGGCCUUCUUGCCACGUGGCAGGUGGCCGGGCAUAGAAGAGGGGUAUAGGAAUGGCCAGAUAUCCUGGCAUCUAUGUCCAGCCCAGUGAGAGGCGAAGAGAGACUGUCCAGAAGGCAGAUGUGGGACAGAGCAGAAGGAUUUGGGAAAGGGAUCAUGGCCACAGAAAGAGGCAGUCUUUCCCUCAGUCCCAAGCCUCACUAGCCUUUGGGCUGGGAAUAGCCUGGGCUGGGGGAACCCUUUGCAGAAGCCUCUUUUUUACCUUGUGGCUGAAUAAUAUGGAGGGGCUUGGGUCCUUCUUGCUGCUGCUCAGGCAGGGAUGAGCAGCAAAGGCUAGAUCCAAGCUAAACAUUUUCCAUGAUGGAACUGCCCGGCUGGGCAGGAAAGAGGCGCAAAUUGAGAGGCACAACCUGAGGGGUAAAUUUCAGCACAAUUCAGACCACGAAAAGCACAAAACAAAUCAUUUUCAAAUUAAUAUGAUUUUUAAGUCAGGAUCUUGCUCAAAGUCCCUUCUUCAAGUCACCAAUUGGUGGAGGUCCCAAAUUCACGCAUGCAAGUAACUCGAUGACCCAAGUGGAGAGAAAGCUGCUCCCAAGAAAUGGAGCAUCAGAAGAUGAGCAGGGCUUAGAGUCAGAACCUAGGGACAAAAUUGGGAAAUUGGCCAAAGUUGGAUCUUCCCUCACAUUCCAUGUCUUCUUCUAGUUCCCACCUCCUCCCUUCUCUUCCUGGGUGCCUGUCAUAUCCCUUAACUUCCCGGGGCUGUGUUUCUCUGUUUCCUUAUUUAAACUACUUAAUGUUAUCUAUAUUGUCCAGAGCUCUCCACAAAACUUUAGAAUUAGUUUGUGCUACUGUGUUAAAGUAUUUAUUAAUGUGAAAUCUAUAUUGUAACUUAAUGUAAUUUCAAUAUAAAGUGUUAACACUUUUGCAGGGGACCAUUGAAGACUCCAAAGUCUUCAAGACCCCUAAAGAUGGCUCUUGAAUGGUAGGAUUGUAAGCAUUGUGCCAGGCCUUGUGAGGGCUGCAUUUGGGGGUUGGGGAUUCAAUAUCCUCAGGUCUUAGAUGUUACCAGCCUCGGCCUCCACUUGCGCGGUUUCGCCAGCAGCCCUGAACCGGCUCUAAGUCACUGGGCAGAGAGGAAUUGUUAUUUGAGAGUUUUGCAUGACAAAAAUAAAUUCUAGUUCA